AUGGAGCACGACGAGGGGCUCGAUACGGUGUACGGUAAAGUCUGUCUACGGAAGCUAAGGAAAGAAAGGCGAAAAUUGCUUGCGAGUGAACAGCUGCAGGACUUCGCCAGGAAUACGACUCUGCAUGGUCUUGGAUACAUCGCACAGAGAGGAGUCACUAUUGUUGAGAAAAUCUUUUGGCUGAUUUUGUUUUCGGUGAGCGUGGGCGUCUGUGUGUACCAGAUACGCAACGUGUGGAUUAAAUGGGACAGCAGCCCGGUUAUAGUGUCUAUCAACGAACGGCUAGUUCCAGUGUCUGAGGUGCCGUUUCCUUCGGUGACUAUAUGUCCACAGCGGAAGAUUUCAAAAGAAUAUAACUAUGGAAAAAAGAAGGAAAGAAUGCAGGGAAACAUUUCGAAAAUGAUACAAAACAAUUACAGUUAUAUUCAAACAAAGAAAUCUCUGAAUAAAUGGAGCAUGGAGGGUGGAUACGAGGCCGAGUCCUUCAAUGAUACAUAUCCCAGGAGAGGACGGCAAAACGGAGCCGAGCCAGAUCUAGUCAUUCUAAUAGUAGAGGAUAAAACUGAAUUAGACGAGGAAUGUAACGCACUCUACUCAGGAUAUAAGGUAUACGUGCAGCACCCCGCGGAUAUGCCGCAGUCAUCUCUCUACUACUACGCCAUGCUCCCGGACCAAACUUCCUCUUUUGCUCUCAAGUACAACAUGGUGGCAACGUCAGAUGAGGUCAAAGAUUAUUCCGCUCAAAUGCGGCACUGCUACUUCCCCGGGGAGCGGUAUCUCCGCUAUUUUCAAAUAUACACGGAGAACAACUGCAGGCUCGAGUGUCUGUCUAACUACACAUACAACAUGUGCGGCUGCGUGGGUUUCUAUAUGCCUCAUAACACCAGUGACAGAAUCUGUACUAUUCAGAGCAAACCUUGUAUGGAAUCAGUAAUUGAAAUAAUAGCGGAAGCAGAAACGGCGGAUGUGAGAUACACAUUGUGCAACUGUUUACCUGCUUGCAACACCGUCGAAUAUGAUGCCGAGAUUUUGAAGACAAAUUUUAAUAUCAAACACUAUUUAAUGAGCAAGAAGGACAAGAAAUUGGACUCGUUUUGGAAGAACUACUCGUUUUCGAGGCUGGAGAUGUAUUUCAAGAGCCCGCGCUUCGUGUCCAUGCGCCGCUCGGAGCUGUUCGGUCUGACCGACUUCAUCGCCAACUGCGGAGGGCUGCUGGGCUUGUUCUUAGGGUUCUCCUUCCUCAGCCUCGUCGAGAUCAUCUACUUUCUGACUCUCAGACUUUGGUGCACAUUUAAGCGCGACUUGGAGAACGAAAAAAAGAAAAAAGUAAUAAUUAAGAAACCUUCAAAUUACGGCGCAUGA